AUGAACAACAAUCCUGCUAAAGAAUCAUUUGGUAAUAAAGAUUCACUCAAUGACAGUAAACAAGACGACCCACCAAUGGCAGCUGCUUCUCACGAGAAGACCAUCAUCGACAUAACAUCUAGUCCAACAAGCUCAGAUGUGAUGUCUAACGAUAAAAUCUCAAAUGACAAUGGUCGCCGUAACAAUAUGGACGAUGUUCAUGCAACACCACCAACGAUAAAUAUGCAAGCACGUUCUUCUUAUCGAGUGGAUACUAUUACUGAUAUGGAUGCUCCUUUUGUGGAUAUGACAGAUAGUAUGGACCAGAAUUAUUAUCAACUAUUAGAAGAGUUCGAAGCGGAAUCGAAUGCUUGUUAUGCAAAUGAGUAUAAAGAGAAAGAAUGCAGUUCUAUGGUUGUCCAUAAUGAUACCGCCCUGGAACAACAAUGCGGCAGUUUCCAUAAGGUUUCUGAUGAACAACUCGAUAAAGAAACUGAACAACAACUAUGCCGAUUAAUUGUCAGUCAACGGCCAGUGAAUGAUGAAUCGGCUGAGCAUAUUUUCAAACAAUUGAAUUUUACACCAUUGAGUACGAUAAAUAUGAUAGCAGAUGUUUCUCCAAAUGGCAAUUCUGUUAUCAUCGAUAACACGAGUGUGGAUCUUGUCCCACGAUCACUUUCGCUUAGGUCAUCACCAUCAUCAUUAUCAACAGCAGCAGCAGCAACAGGAACACAACGUCCAUAUCCACCAAUAAAUCAAACAGGCCUUGUCGACGAUCAUGAUCGUCCCUUUGCUGAUUACGGCCAUCUCGAUCGGCAAACUAUUGCACAAGAAUUUCAUUUUAACUUCCGAUCACCAUCACCAACCAUCGAUAGACAAAAACCAUUUCGGUUGCAUACAAGAUCUCUUGCUAUUACAUCAUGGACAAACGUUUCAAAAGAACUUGUUAUGGAUGAAAUCAAAGAUGAAUUUGAUNUGAUUUGGACAUGUUGA